GAGGUAGGCAGGGAGUGUGUGUGUGUGUAUGCGUGUGCGUGAGAGAGGGAGGGAGAACGGAAAAGAGAUGGUAAAAGUGUUGCUUUUUGCGUGACUCAUAAAGGCCGGCAGUUAAAACCGGUCAAAUCCAUCUGUAGGCCCUAAGAUGUGCUGAUGGGUGCAAACCAAACAGCUAAGAGGGUUUAUUAAGUGGGCCAGUUGCCAUAGCGACGCUUUGGCAGGAUAUUGCCAGGAUAAGCCGUAAUGGGUCUCCUGACGCAGUUCACUCUGCUCCUGUGGAAGAACUUCACUCUACGGAAGAGACAAAAGGUGCGGCUGGUCGUCGAGUUGGUAUGGCCUCUGUUUCUCUUCUUCAUACUGGUGUGGGUGCGGUCCACCAAUAAGCCAGUUUAUAAAGGCCAAUGCCACUACCCAAAUAAAGCCAUGCCAUCGGCUGGCAUGCUGCCCUGGCUGCAAGGUAUGAUGUGUAACAUCAACAAUCCCUGUUUGAACUAUCCAACGCCGGGGGAGACACCAGGCCAAGUCAACAACUUCAACAACUCCGUAAUUGCUGGGAUGUUGAUAGAGCUGCAAACCCUCCUGGUGAACAGAUCUAUUCUCAGCAAGGCACAGCUGCUGGCAGAUGACCUCGAACAGUGGGACUCAGCCCUGUCACAAUCUAACCUUGAUAAUGCUCAACCAGUGAUCCUGAGGAAUAUUCUAAGAGACAAUGAGACUUUCUCCACGUAUCUGAGAGCAAAUUUGUCAGUGCCACCAGAAGUGGUCCAAAGCCUCAUGAAUGCUGAGAUUAAACUCAGUCCAAUGAUGGGCAUCCCGAGGCCAGGCAACCUGAAGAGCAUCCUUUGUGAGGGGACAGAUCUGGAUGAGUAUGUCCAAUUUAGCAGCCAGGCUGAAAAGGAGGCUUUUCAAAAUGUCAGCUGCUCCCGCAAUCCACAGCAGCUGAUUAACGCCCGGCGAGUGCUCCUGCAGAACCUGGACGUGAGGAAAGUGCUUUCUGGGGUACCUACAGGUUUGAUGGACACAGCCACACUGUUGAGGAAAACCACCCAAGACGCAUUACCAGUGAUUGAGGAGAUGGCCAGGUUGCAAAACUCCACAAACUUUAAGGCUGCUAGUUCACUGGAUUUCCGAAAGGACAUGUUUGGCAGUGUCAAUAUGCUACUGUGUGGAGAGGAACCUAACGCCAGUUCACACUCAGAUAGACUGAGAGCAAACAGGAAGUCAGAGUCUAUGGGCAACAGUUCUGAUGCUUUUUGUCAGACUCUUGUCGACACCCUGGAGAGCACACCUGGUCUGCGCUACAUUUGGAGCACAUUCAAGCCGUUAUUGCAAGGGAAAGUCCUCUACACACCUGAUACACCCGCUGUUCGCCUCGUGGUGAAAGAGGCAAAUAGCACAUUCAAUGCCUUGGCUAUGCUGAAAGAGCUCGCUGAUUCAUGGGAUGAACUUGGGCCACGUGUCUGGGAUUUUCUUCAAAAUAGCCCUCAAGUCAACGCAUUACGGGCUUUGCUGGCAAAUCCAGUGUUUGCUGCUGCCCUCGACCAGCGCCUCAAUGGCACAGGAUGGACAGCCGAGCUGCUGGCCAACUUCCUGUACAACGGGCCCCCGGAGGAUCGGCCGCCUGGCAUGCCUGCCUACGACUGGCGGGAUGCUUACAACACCACAACCGAAAUGCUGAAGCUUCUCUCCAACUUCCUCGGCUGUUUAGACCUGAAUAAGUUCGAGGCAGCCCCCACUGAAAGCCAUCUGGUGAGCCAAGCACUGGAGCGUCUGGAGAAUGAUACGUACUGGGCCGGUGUUGUCUUUGAAGACCUCCAGCCAGACUCCAGCCACCUCCCUCCCUAUGUCAAAUACAAAAUUCGCAUGGACAUCGAUGAGGUGGAGCGUACCAACAAACUCAAAGAGAGGUCGUGGUCUCCCGGGGCCCGAGACAACUCCUUUAACGACCUGCGCUAUAUCUGGGGAGGCUUCGCCUACCUGCAGGAUAUGAUGGACCAUGGCAUUAUACGAGUGCAGACGUCAAAGACCCAACCCCUCGGUGUUUUUGCCCAGCAAAUGCCAUACCCUUGCUACGUGGAUGACGUGUUCCUCCGGUCUCUGGCACGCUCCCUCCCUUUAUACUUGACUUUAGCCUGGAUCUACUCUGUGGCCAUGAUCAUCAAAGGCAUCGUCGCAGAGAAAGAGGCGAGGCUUAAGGAGACCGUGAGGAUCAUGGGUCUGAGACCUGCCAUCUAUUGGCUGAGCUGGGCAGUGUCCAGUGUGCUGCCGCUGGCCAUCAGCGCUCUCAGCCUUGCCCUUGUACUGAAGUACGGCAAAGUGCUGCAAUACAGCGACCCCUCAGUGAUCUUUGUCUUCCUGCUGGUGUUCUGCCUGGCCACCAUCACUCAGUGCUUCUUCAUUAGCGUCUUCUUCUCUAAGGCCAACUUAGCAGCGGCGUGCGGCGGCCUCAUCUACUUUGUCCUCUACCUGCCGCACACUCUCUGCUACGCCUGGAGGGACGUCAUGGGUUUCCGGGCCAAGGUUGUUGUGAGUUUAUUGUCGUGUGUUGCCUUUGGCUACGGCUGUGAGAACUUUGCCAAGUAUGAGGAGCAAGGCAUCGGCAUUCAGUGGUACAACAUAAACAGCAGCCCAGAAGAGGGAGAGCGCUACACCUUCCUCGUGUCCAUCUUCAUGCUGCUCUUCGAUGCUGCGUUUUACUGGGUGCUCACCUGGUACAUUGAGAAUGUCUUUCCAGGCCAAUAUGGAAUCCCUAAGCCAUGGUACUUCCCGUUCACUGCGUCUUACUGGUGUGGGACAGCCUCGGUGGAUCACGUUGACCCCGGCUUGCUGAAGGACUCGACUGAACCGAACGAGUAUCUGGAGAAAUCACCACCCGAUAUGAAAGCAGGGGUCUCAGUCCGCAAUCUUGUUAAAAUCUACAAGACUGGAAAGAAGCUGGCUGUGGAUGGACUGAGUGUGGACUUCUACGAGAAUCAGAUCACAUCUUUCCUUGGUCACAAUGGAGCCGGAAAAACAACCACAAUGUCAAUUCUGACAGGACUGUUUCCACCUACAUCAGGAACAGCACUCAUCAAUGGAUACGACAUUCUCACUGACAUGGACCGCAUCCGAAAGUACUUGGGAAUGUGCCCACAGCACAAUGUGUUAUUCAGCGAGCUGACAGUUGAAGAGCAUAUCUACUUCUACGCUAGGCUGAAAGGACGCAGCCGCGAUGAGGUGAAAAUUGAGAUGGACCAGAUGAUUGAGGAUGUUGGUUUACCACACAAGCGGAAGGAUCUUGCUAAGAACUUGUCAGGUGGGAUGCAGAGAAAGCUGUCUGUGGCCAUAGCAUUUGUUGGAGGCUCAAAAAUUGUCAUCUUAGAUGAACCUACAGCAGGAGUGGACCCCUAUGCCCGCAGGAGUAUCUGGGAACUGCUGUUAAAAUACAAACAAGGUCGCACCAUCAUUUUGUCGACGCAUCACAUGGAUGAGGCAGACAUCUUAGGUGAUCGCAUCGCCAUCAUCUCCCACGGCAAGAUGCGUUGCUGUGGCUCCUCACUCUUCCUAAAGAAAUGUUUUGGCAGCGGCUACUACCUCACUCUGGUCCGAGAGGGGACUGAAAAGAUGACAGCUCAGCGUAAUGGCAUCAUACACAGUCAGGCCAAAGAGGAGAAAGACUGUCCUUCGAGGAGCAGCAGCCCGGAUGAUGGCAUCGGCAGCCAAAGCUGGAGCAACUCUGAUCCCUCAGAUUUGACAGCUCUGGGUCAAAUUGUGCGGCGCCACGUCCCUGAAGCAGUCUUCUUGGAGAGCAUCGGUCAGGAGAUCACCUACAUACUGCCUUAUGGUGGAGCCAGAGAUGGGACCUUUGCCCUGCUCUUCCAAGAGCUCGACCUGGCCAUGGCUGACCUUGGCCUGACCAGCUACGGCAUCUCUGACACCACGCUAGAGGAGAUAUUUCUUAAAGUGGCGGAGGAAACCGGAGUUGAUGCAGAAAUACAAACAACAAAGGAGCUGUUGGUGAGAGACUGCAAAGGAGGCUCCCGCACAUCCAAGCGGAACAGCAUCGCCAGCGUCCACAUGAAAACAGAGCAAGCCUCUGGAAUGAGUGAAUUAAAGGGGAUCACGAAUAAAGUGGAAGACUUAAAGAGGAAUGCCAGUGUCAGCGGGAAGGGAUCCGCCGUCAUCACCGGAUGGAAGCUGAUCAGGAGGCAGUUCCUGGCGCUCUUUAUCAAGCGCUUCCACCACGCCCGAAGGAGCCGCAAGGGACUCAUUGCCCAGGUGGUCCUGCCUGCUGUUUUUGUGUGCCUGUCUCUGAUCUUCUCACUCAUCGUCCCGCCAUUCACUGAAUACCCGAAUCUGGAGCUGCAACCCUGGAUGUAUGAUCUGCCUCAAACCACCUUUUACAGCAAUGAUGGGCCAGAUAAUGCGGAGGUAUCCAAGGUGGUGGAAACGUUGGUGAACAAGCCAGGCUUUGGGACUCGCUGCAUGAUUGGAGACCCAAUACCGAACUUACCAUGUUCUUCUAGCGGCUCCGAUUGGUUCACUCCAUCCGUGGAUCAGUCCGUCGCUGACAUCUUCCUCAACGGGAACUGGAGCAUGUCCAACCCCUCCCCCUCCUGUCAGUGCAGCACGCCUAAACGAACAAUCAUGUUACCUGACUGUCCGCCUGGUGCAGGAGGGCUCCCUCCACCUCAGAGGAUCCAGAACACAACAGACACAUUGUUGGAUUUAACUGGACGGAACAUGUCGGACUUCCUGGUCAAGACUUUUGAACACUCGGGUAAAACAAGGUACGGAGGCAUCUCUGUCGGGGCAGUCAACUCCCAGGUCCGUCUGACCGAGGCAACAAUCGAAGCCUCAUUCAAGGAUCUAAGAGUGUUAUUCAGUUCAGUUCAGGAUAAUGUGACUGAUCAGGUCUUCCAGAAUGCUGAGACGCUGCUGAAGAAGCUGGGAACAAGGGACAACGUAAAGGUGUGGUUCUACAACCAGGCAUGGCACGGCAUGGUGUCCUUCCUCAGUGUGGCCAACAACGCCAUCCUGAGGGGAAAUCUGCCGGCAGGACAGGAGCCCCGCCGGUACGGCAUCUCUGUGGCCAAUCACCCCCUCAACCUCACCAAGGCGCAGCUCUCCUAUGUUGCCAUGGCCACAACCUCCACUGACGUGGUGGUGUCCAUCUGCGUUAUCUUUGCCAUGUCCUUCAUCCCUGCCAGCUUUGUCCUCUUCCUCAUCCAAGAGAGGGUGAACAAAGCCAAGCAUCUGCAAUUUGUCAGUGGAGUAAACCCAGCUGUCUACUGGUUGGCCAAUUUUGCCUGGGACAUGUGUAACUACAUCAUCCCAUGCUUGAUUGUGAUUACGAUCUUCCUCUGCUUCCAACAAAAAGCCUACGUUUCACCUCCUAACCUGCCUGCUUUGAUUCUUCUGCUUGUUCUGUACGGGUGGUCCAUCACCCCUAUGAUGUAUCCCGCCUCCUUCAUCUUCAGCGUGCCCAGCACUGCCUACGUUGUGCUGACCUGCAUCAACCUCUUCAUUGGCAUUAACGGCAGCAUAGCCACCUUUGUUAUGGAGCUCUUUGAUGAUGAUGAUAAUGUCACCCGCAUCAACGACAUAGUGAAGCAGGUGCUGCUGAUAUUCCCACAUUUCUGUCUGGGCAGAGGGCUAAUUGACAUGGCCAAGAACCAGGCGAUGGCCACCCUCUUUAGCAGUUUUGGGGAAGACCGCUUUGAGGACCCACUCAGCUGGGACAUGGUGGGAAAGAACCUUUGCGCCAUGUCUAUCCAGGGAGUUGUCAUGUUUGCCAUCACAAUCCUCAUCCAGUACAAGUUCUUCUUCAAACCACGGCUUAUUUCGGGGAAGUCAUUAUCCGCUGAGAAAGAGGAUAUCGAUGUUGCUCGGGAACGCGAGCGGGUGUAUGGAGGCAACGCCCAGAACGACCUUCUGAGGAUCUGCGACCUCACUAAGGUAUACUCUCGGAAGAGCACCCCUGCUGUGGACAGGCUAUGUGUGGGAGUACCUGCCGCAGAGUGUUUCGGCUUGCUGGGAAUCAACGGGGCUGGGAAAACCACCACAUUCAAGAUGCUGACAGGAGACAUCCCAGUCUCCGGUGGAGAGGCCUUCCUAAAUGGAUACAGCAUACGAACAGAAAUGAGGGACGUGCACCAGAACAUGGGCUAUUGUCCCCAGUUUGACGCUCUUGAUGAACUGCUGAAUGGACGAGAGCAUCUGGAGUUUUACGCCAGGCUACGAGGGGUACCAGAAAAAGAGGUCACCAUGGUGGCCGAGUGGGGGAUCCAGAAACUGGGGCUGGUCAAAUACUCCAGCAAGUCAGCAGGAACCUAUAGCGGUGGGAACAAACGUAAACUCUCUACAGCCAUAGCCCUGAUCGGAUGUCCCCCAGUGAUUUUCCUGGAUGAGCCAACCACUGGGAUGGACCCCAAAGCCCGGCGCUUCCUGUGGGACUGCAUCCUGAGUGUUAUCAAAGAGGGACGCUCAGUCAUUCUCACAUCACACAGUAUGGAGGAGUGUGAAGCACUGUGCACACGCAUGGCCAUCAUGGUAAACGGUCGCUUCAAGUGCCUCGGGAGCAUCCAGCAUCUGAAGAGCAGGUUUGGUGAUGGCUACACAGUGAUUGUGAGGGUUGGUGGCUCUCCCCCUGCUCUGAAGCCAGUCGAGGACUUCGUCCAGCAGUCCUUUCCAGGCAGCGUCCUGAAGGAGAAGCAUCACAACACGCUGCAGUAUCAGCUCCCGUACACACAGGGAGCUCUGGCCAACAUCUUCAGUCAGUUCAGCAGCCAUCAGCAGAGGCUGGGCGUGGAAGACUACUCUGUGUCCCAGACCACACUGGAUCAGGUCUUUGUGAACUUUGCAAAGCACCAGCACGGAGAGGAGGACUCUAAGGCCUAUGACAACACUGUGGACACCUCAGAUGAGCUGCCUUUGGAGUCUGUCGAGACCUCCCAAGAAUCUGAGAAGGUGUAACACCAAGGCACAUUGCGCUGACAGUGGGCCAACAAUAUACCUUAAACAAGUUUGAACUAAUGUGAUGUGCACUAGCAGAAUGAUGAUGAUCACUACCUUAUUCAGUCCCCAAGUGCAACGAUGCCUGGUAUUGGUUAACAAUAACAUGUAGUUGUCGUGUCGUCUUCCAUAAUAAUUCCUACUCAAGCUCAGGGGGAAACUUUGGAUUUUCAACCUGCUCUGUGUCAUUGCAGUGUGUGCCGCAGGGUUUGUACAAGGUGAUUGAGGUGCUUGAAGUACUUGAAUACUCAGAAAUUCAGAAAGUUCUGCAAUACCUUGAAAAUCUGAAAUGUUUUUACUUGGACCUUGGAAGAAGUACUUGAAUAAAAUUGAGAACAGAAUGAUUAAUUAUUUAAAAAAAAAAAAUGUUACAGGACAGUAUUUCAAACUAUGAACCUGAGGACAGCCGUGCUUGCAAUUAUUUUUCCAAUGCCGUAUGCGCUCGAAGGGCCAUCGGGUUUUUCUACCUACAGGUUGGCAGAAAACAGCUUUUUUGUACUUUGCCAAUCACAUGCUUGAAUUAUAAUAACCAGUUAAUUGAUAUUACAUUAAUUUUAGGCCCUGGUAGCAUGUCUGUUUUUCCAUUAAUGACUUUGUACAAUCCUCUUGCAACAGAUGGUUGUGGAGAAAGCAAUUUCGUCUUUGAAAAUAGAAAUGAGCAUGAACUCUAGUGUGCAGACGAACAGUGUUUGUUAUUGCGUGCAGAGCUGCGAUGACAGAGCUGGUUGAAAAUAGAAAAAGUUUCUUUAAACCAUAACAUGAUUAAUCUAAAUCUGAAGUUACAGUGAGUGUUCACUGACAAAAUCUUUCCAAUUUAUGAAGUUGUCACUGUUCGUAAUCAAAUCCUAAAAUAUUUAUUUUUCUAAAACAUAUAAGAAUAUUUCAACUUGUCCCCAGUAGAAUUAAAAGCUUGUUUCCAAAAGGGAGAGAAAAAUCAAACUAGCUAUUUGCCGUGUACAACCAUGUGGUUGAAAUACUGAAUUCUGCUGACCUGGACAUAGUGUAGGAGAGUGUAUGGAAUCAUGCUCUGAAAGCAUCACACAUAGCACAGCAUUUAGGAUACCUCAGGACUGCUUCACAUUGUAUUUGAGAUCUGUUUACAUUUGCUGCUAUUUAUAACAAUGCUAUCUUGCACUGUAAAACUACAUUAUAUAAAAGAGAGGAGCCUGCAGUGAUGUGUUCAGGUGAGUGUGAUCAGGUCAGAUAUUGUGCUCACAUGUGUUGAUAUUUAUAGACAUAUCAAUGAAUAUCAACAAGCAACGAAUGUAAGAAUUAAACCACAGUUCAUUCCUACCUCACAUUGUGAUUUACUGACAGGCACUUUACUGAUUGCAGCAGAUAAGAAAUGAAUAAUAACAACUCUGUCAGAUGUGUUGGCUUUGAAUGUCUGAACGAGCCUCCAAUCAGCUGUAGAUGGUGUUUAAUUAAAAGACAGGGAAGUUACAGCAGUGGGACAAUGCAGAGUCACUCACAGUCAUCCAGCUGUCAGACAUGUCUGCAAGAAAGACGACAAUUCCCAUGUGUGCAUCAGCCACAGCUUACCGACAACCACUAUUCAGAGUCUGUGUGAAUGUAACUGGACACAUAUCAGAAACACUUCUCAAGAAUAUCUAAUGGAUGUAUGAGCAACAACAGAUUUAUAUUUUAUGGGAUUUUUAAUACAUUGCCUUGUGAAAUCUAUUUUAUUUAUCACUUCUUCUUUGCAGAAUCUAAAUAAACUAUCACUGAGUUGUUUUUUUUGUCAUAGGGUAUGCUGGUAUUGGCACUGGUGUGUUAAUCUACGAUCACCAGAGACCCGCGUCGGUAUCACAGAAUAACACACUCCCUAUCAUGCAGACAACUCUGCAGUUACAAUGAAUACAAUCUGCCUUUUAAAGUGGAAACUGACAACUUUUUACCCACCCACCCCAUCCCCCAUUACCAGCGUUUUGUAGUGGUAUUGUUGUUGGUGUUGCUGUCACAAAGACAUUUGUUUUCCGUUUUCCUCAGAGCCUUUUUUCGCAGUUACUUUGCUUGUUCCACUAUGCAACAUUUCUGCUACUGAGGAUAGUUACUGCGAUGAACUUGCUCUUUGUUAACUGGGAAUAGCUAUCGAUAGCAACGUGGGGAAACAAAAGGGCUGUCCUCUUCCUGUUUUGUUUGUGCGAUGGUUGACGCCGGGGUGUCUGCUAGUCCUUAAAAAGUUUUCAAAUGUCUUAAAUUUGACUUAUAAAUAUGAGGACUUAAAAGUAUUUUAAUUGUCUUAAAUUUGAAUUUGUGAUGUUCUGAUGAUCUUAUGUUCCAGAUCUUUUAAAACCUCCUGCUGAACCUAAUAUUGUCCCCAUUCUUACCUUUUUGCAAAAUGUAGAUUAUCCUAACUCACUCUAGUAACCAUAUACCUACAUAAAAACCUGCCUAUGCACAGGACAACAUAUAUACAACUCACCUUUAUAGUUAUAGGCAAUGUUUAAAUAAGAAAAUAAUGAUUUGUUUUUCAGUCUUUUAUCUUCAAAAGUUUGUAAAAAGCAUUCAAUUUAAGUGUCUGCUAACAGUAAACACCCUGUGACGAACUUUGUGCCAUUAAUCAAGCCUUUAUUUACCUGACAGAUCACACCUGGUUGCAGAUAGAAGUGCACAAUGAAAGUUAGGCUUAUGGGGAACCAAUCUUAAUGCCGAUGAUGCCAUUAAUCUAUAGCCAUUACAUUGUGCACUCAACAUUACUGCAUCAUGUUAAGUUGAAGCCAAAAACUUGUCUGUUUCCACUUUAAACACCCAGGUUUGGAAACCCUUUGACAAUCAUAGCAACUUGCCCUUUUGAUAAGAUGUGUUCACUAUGUUAUACUGUAUUGUGCGAGUAUGAAGACCAUUUCAUUGUAAAUGAUUUUGACGAUUAAUGUGCUAAGCUCUUCUCUUUAAGUUACUGUUGCUAUGGCUAUCAAGUUUACCAUCUAUAUGCAGUUUACAAUGAUAGCAUUGGCAAAUUUACCACUCAGAGAUCAAAACUGUUUUUAAACUGUAACAUGGCUUUUUUUUGUCUUUUACUUUUUAAUUAAAUAACACAACAUAGCUGUAAUAUGUACAGAUAUUGGUUUGCAAAGUCUAGAAAAGAAAAUCAAAGGCCCUGUCUGCACCUUUACAGAUACUUUUAAAAACAGAUAUUCUCCUCUACAUGUGCCCUCUUGUUCAUACGCAAACAGAGUUUUAGGUCACUAAGAUGGAGAUUUUUUUUAAAUGCCUUCUAAUGUGCAGAUAUUUCACAACUGUGGUUACUGUCUAUCUGUGUGGACAUGUAAAACGGAGCCUUUGGGAAACAAUUACGUAAUCCCCUCAAUUUGCAUGUGCCCAUUGUUGCUUUCUAUUUAAUUUUUACAUUUUGCAAGAAACAACACUUGCGGACUUCUGGUUUGGUAAUGUGUUUUUUUUUAGCACUGCUUCAUCUAAUGGCGAGUAUUGCCAUCUGCUGCGCCCAACUAUUUUGCUCCAUCUCAACCUUGCAGUUUAAAGUCCGACAGAAACAAUGCUUUUGGAUCAGGCCUGGUUGAAGCAGCAGAUGGUGGGACACUUUCUCGAGUGGUAUUGUUGUCGAUGAGGAGAGGAAGGAAAACUUGUGCAUGUCCAGAGCUUCACUUGCAUGUUUGAGUGAGAGACUUCAUCCUUAUAUCAAAUGGGAAUCAAUGGUGAUUCGGUCCUCAGUAGAUGACGUGAGCCUGUAGAAUUUACCACCUUUGUGACGAGGGGAGACCACUGAAGAAACCUAACUGCAUGGUUUUUGCGUUGUGGAUGGAGAUAUUUUGUAAAAUGAAUGUAAUGUGGACAGAAUCAUUUUUUAAAACUGAGUGGAAAAAUAUCUGCUUUGAAAACCAUCUGUAAACAUGUAGUCAAGGCCUUAAACUGGAAACUGAUCUGUUUGUCUCAGACAAAAUACGACUCAAGAAUGUUAAAUGUGCAAUUAUGACUCAGGGGUAUCUAUGUGUGACUGGGAAGAGUUAUUCAUAGCUUCUUUUUUAUUCCGUUCAACAUUCUCUUCUGUACUGUACAACACAGAGAUUUUAAGUAUCCCAAUGAUUAAAACUCUGAAAGCUCUUUUCUUAUGCAGCAUACUUUACAUGGCACUUACUUCAGAAUGUAAAUACUUUUUCACUCACAGGCGCUCUGGUUUACUUUGAGAGCUUGACAUAAUUUGUAUGCUGCGCCAAGUCCUCACAUGACUAUCAUGCCCGUUGCAACGAAUAAUGAAUCCUAUUUGUACUGAGUAUUGCUUCAUGCCAAGACAAGUGAUUAAACAUUUGCACAAA